GCGCGCUUGGGCGCGUUUAGUCAACCUGGUGGCGCCGAAGAACCAACUGUUGGCGACGUCGGUGUAAUCUACGGUGUUUGGUAGUCGCGAGCGUUCGAAUUACGUUCGGAGGAACGAGAAGAGGAGCGAAAAUCGCGAGGCGCCCGAAUCGCCGGGGCAGAGUUCCUCAGUGGCGGAGUGUUUCGAACUCGGAGGAGGGAAAACUUCGCUCGAAGAGUGUUCGAAGUAUCGUAUACGCGCGGGGCGGGUGCGCGCGUUUUGUGAACCGAGCGGAAUAACAGGUGGAACGCGAUGGUAGCCAAAGACCCGAAGAUGGUCACCGCGAUGGAGUUGAUGAAUCCAUACGAGAAACCACCGAGCAUGUCGGUCGGUCAGUCCAUGAAGACCUUCCUGUUCAACCGCGAGACCGGCGCGUUUAUGGGCAGGACCGCCAGUAGCUGGGGUAAAAUCGGACUAUUUUAUCUAAUAUUCUACGGCGUUCUUGCGGCACUCGUUGCCAUUUGUUUCUGGGGAUUCUUUCAAACACUGGACCCAAGAAUACCAAGGUGGCAGCUCGAAAGAUCUAUCAUUGGAACAAAUCCAGGAUUGGGAUUCAGACCAAUGCCGCCGACAGAGAAUGUAGAGAGCACUUUGAUUUGGUACAGAGGUACCGACAAUGAAAACUUCAAACACUGGGUUGAUUCAUUACAAAAUUUCUUAAAAGAUUAUAUAACACCUGGAUCUGUUCUUGGUCUUGGUGCUAACAUCAACAAAUGUGAUUACAAUCAGCCGCCACCACCCGGAAAAGUUUGUGAUGUUGAUGUGAAAAAUUGGUAUCCUUGCACCAAGGAGAACAGAUAUAAUUAUCACAAAUCCGCUCCUUGUAUUUUCCUUAAAUUGAAUAAAAUUUAUGGUUGGAGACCAGAAUUUUACAACGAUACUGAAAAUUUACCACAAAAAAUGCCGCUCGAUCUCAAAGAACACAUUGCGAGUUUGAAAGGAAAUAAUUCCUUGCAACUGAAUACCAUCUGGGUAUCCUGCGAAGGUGAAAAUCCUGCCGAUCAGGAAAAUAUUGGUCCAAUUAAUUAUUUGCCACGACGUGGUUUUCCCGGUUACUUUUAUCCUUACGAAAAUUCCGAAGGUUACUUGAGCCCACUGGUUGCAGUGCACUUUGUCAGACCACGAACCGGAAUUCUGAUAAAUGUCGAAUGCAAAGCGUGGGCGAAAAAUAUCAAGCACAGCCGUAAUGACAAAAUUGGUGCAGUCCAUUUCGAGCUGAUGAUUGAUUAACGAAGUCUAAAAACAGUCUUCGGCUCCGUAUGCAAAUCUUUUAAAGCAAAACGAGUGUCUUCAAAACACUCCAGGUAGCCAUUAGGCAAAUUUUUAUCUUCCAAAUAAUAAAAAUCUGAGCAAAUAUCUCUCCGAAGUCGAUAAUGUGCCGCCGACUCUUUGGUCGAUAUUAAUUGAAAACAAUUGAAUCAAAACAGAGUUUUUACAACAGACAUUCUUGUAAGUCUAAAAAUGGAAUAUCUCAAGCUUCUGAGAGAUUAUUAAAUGAAUAUAUAUCGGUGAGAAUAACGACUGAGAAAAGAAACUCUGAAAUUAAAAUAGAAGUUACCAA